AUGUACCGACCCUCGCUAUCACCAAACACGGGUAGCACUAGUGCAUCCCAGGAACAGGAGCCAGCAUACUAUGGUAUUCUUCAGAAUCUUUUAUCUAAAUCUCCAACGAAAUCACAACAAAAAAAGAGCUCGCUUGAGGAUAUCAUUGAUGAAGAACUCCGUGAUGAUGGAGAGCAUGAACGUCAGGAAAUAUCUCCAGACGAAACCUAUCAAAAUAUCCACACAGGUCAAUGGGGUGAAGGUCCAAGUAACGUGAACGUUGUAGAUGCAGAACACGAUUUCCGGCGGUUAGAAUGUACACUUACCAGGGAAUCUCGUCACAGCGGUUUGGGGACCACUGGAAAAGCUGGAAUUGUUCGGAGAAAGAGCUCUAUUCCGCCUCAACAGCAACAGCAGGCAGAGCUGCCUCAGAAGGAGGCCGGCGGGCAGGAAAUCCCGUUUGACUAUGAAGCCCUUCUCAAAGAAGAUAUUCUACCGGGCUUUGCAGAAAAGGGUAUCAAGAUAUGGACAAUGGGUGUGUGCUGGAAACAACUAAGUGUCAUUGGCGAAGGCGUUGAGAAUCGGUAUAUUGCCACAACAGGCGAUCCCUUUGUAGCGUUCUUCAACUUUAUCAACCCUCUUUUUUGGACGAUCCUGUAUCCCAUGGAUGGAUGCUGUGAAGGAGGCGAAAUGGUCUUGGUGCUGGGAAGGCCUGGCGCGGGUUGUUCAACCUUAUUGCGCGUACUAGCAAAUGACCGCAAGAAUUACAAGAAAGUUUUAGGAGAGGUCUCCUUCAACAACCUGAGUGCUGACAUUGUUGCUAAGCACUAUAAGGGUGAGGUGCUCUAUAACCAGGAAGAUGACUUUCAUUAUCCCAGUCUGACCGUUAACCAAACGUUGGACACCGCCCUCAAAGCCAGAACGCCGCGUGCUCGUCUCCCAGACAUUACGGGCCGAAAGGACUUUCGGGAGAAGUUCCUUGAUGUUCUUACAAAGAUGUAUGGCCUAACGCGCCAAAGAGACACUCUCGUCGGAAAUGCCUUUAUCCGAGGCAUUUCGGGCGGCGAACGUAAACGCCUUUCCAUUGCAGAACAGAUGGCUACGCGAUCCAGCAUUAACAUGUGGGAUGGAUCCACACGUGGUCUGGAUGCCUCAUCUGCUCUCGACUACGUCAAGUCCCUUCGAAUUCAGACAAAUCUAUUCCGGCAAGCCACUUUAGUCUCCAUCUACCAGGCUUCCGACAGCAUUUACCGCCUGUUUGACAAAGUUUUAGUGCUCUAUAAGGGUCGUUGCAUAUAUUUCGGUCCAGCGAAGGAUGCGAGGCAAUACUUUAUUAGUAUGGGGUUUUAUUGCCCAGAACGUCAGACAACAGCCGAAUUCUUGACGGCAGUUACAGACCGACAUGAACGCAAGCCUAUGCCGGGGCUUGAUCCCACAGCAGCUUCAAAUCUUCCAAGCACUCCAGAGCAGUUUGAGCAGCUUUAUAAGCAGUCUGUAUAUUAUGAUCAAGCAAUCAAACAGCUAACAGAAUAUGAGGCUCGGUUAAGUGACGAAGGUGCUAAUGAAAGCUUCAGGGAGACCGCCCGCCUGGAGAAACAGAAGCACGUUUCCAUCAAAAACCCAUAUACAAUCACGUAUUGGAACCAAAUCUGGGCAAUGGUCAUUCGCCAAAUUUAUCUCGUGAGAGGAAACAUCGGAAGUUUAGUGUCACGCUAUAUUUCUAUGAUAGUCUUGGCCAUUAUGGUUGGAACUUGUUUCUUACUACUGCCUACUACUAGCACCGGUGCAUUUACCAGGGGAGGCCUCAUCUAUUUCUCAGUACUCUUCAAUGCUUUGGUCGCGGAGGAGGAGCUUACGACGGUCAUUGAUGGACGGCCUAUCCUUUACAAGCUCAAGAAAUAUGCCAUGUAUAGACCUAGUGCACUUUGCAUUGCACAGGCUAUCGUUGACAUCCCAAUUAAUGUGAUUCAUACGCUGAUUUAUUCUUGUAUCGUGUAUUUCAUGGCGGGGUUGCAGCGAACAGCCGGAAAGUUCUUCAUUUUUGUACUCGCUUUAACACUUGCAACGCUCUGCAUGACAGCGUUUUUUCGAUUAUGCGGGUGUGCGUCAAGAACAUUCGAUGGUGCGAAUACGUACGCAAGCGUAAUCGUGCUGGGAUGUAUUUUAUUUUCGGGAUAUCUUAUUCCAUAUCAAUCAUUGCAUCCAUGGUUUGUUUGGCUCUUCUGGAUAAAUCCUUUGGCGUAUGCCUUCAAGGCUCUGAUGGCUAAUGAAAUGUCAGGUCUACGCUUCACAUGCGAUGCGCCUUACUUAAUUCCUCAUGGUCCUGGAUACGAUAGCACUGCCAAUCAAGUCUGCACUAUAGCAGGUUCAAAGCCCCAACAAAAUUACGUAGAUGGACCUGACUACCUUUAUGGUGCAUACCGAUAUAAGACGUCAGAGAUGUGGAUUAAUAUUGUAGCAGUUGCAUUAUUUUGGAUACUCUUUACAGUUGCCGCCGCCUGGGUCAUGGACACAAAAGAGUAUGGCAAGGGAGGGUUCAGCACCAACGUGUUCAAGAAGCCUAAGAAGGGAAAGCUACCCAGAGGUUCUGUGAGAGGAGCAAGCAUCCACCCUGCUCCUGAUGUGGAACAAGGCUUGGGCUCUCAGCCCUAUCAGGCUGCUUCUUCAGCUGAUGAAACGCACCUGGAUACUACUGAAAGGGCGCCGUCAGGAGGGGAUAUAGCCAAAGGAUCUGUUUUCUCAUGGGAAAACAUGGAUUACGUGGUCCCAAAUAGGGCUGAUCCAUCAGGAAAGAAACAACUAUUGUGUAACAUUACAGGUUAUGUGAAACCAGGCACCAUGACAGCUUUAAUGGGGUCCUCAGGAGCGGGAAAAACUACGCUGUUAGAUGUGUUGGCUCAAAGAAAGACCAUAGGAACUGUGACAGGACACAUUGAAGUUGACGGUCAACCUCUGCGUCGAGAUUUCCAGCGCACAACGGGAUAUUGUGAGCAACUAAAUGUGCAUGUCCCAGAAAGUACUGUCCGUGAGGCACUUCGAUUUUCUGCUUACUUGCGACAACAGGCUGAAGUCUCGAAAGCUGAUAAGGAGGCAUAUGUAGAGAAAAUCCUCCAAAUCCUCGAAAUGGAAGAUAUUGCGGAUGCGAUGAUCGGAAGCACGGAGUCGGGCCUAGGGAUCUCUGUUGAGGAGCGAAAGCGCCUGAGCAUUGGAAUAGAGCUGGUGGCAAAGCCCAAGUUAUUAUUCCUGGACGAGCCUACAUCCGGAUUGGACGCGCAAGCAGCCUUCAGUAUUAUGCGAUUCAUGCGCAAGUUGACAGACCAGGGUCAGGCCAUUUUGUGCACAAUCCAUCAGCCUUCAGCGCAGUUGUUUGAGUUCUUUGACGAUAUUCUCUUGUUGGCAAAGGGUGGCAGGACCGUUUACUUUGGGGAAAUAGGCCAAGAUUCUUCAAGUAUCAUCAAUUACUUUGAAAAAAACGGGGCACCUAGGUGUACCGAGGAUGCCAACCCAGCAGAAUACAUCUUAGAUGUGAUCAACUUAAGGAGUUCUAUGGAUUGGCCUGUGCUCUGGGACCGCUCGCCAGAAAAGCAGAAGUUACUAGGGGAUAUCCAAGCGAUACGCCAGGCUCUUGAAAGCAAUGGCCCUAACAUUGCAGACACGAACCCCUCACAGGAACGCGAGUACGCCGCUAGUAUGGGCACGCAAUUCAAGUAUGUCUUUAAGCGUAUGGCAAAAACUUACUGGCGUCUCCCUGAAUACAACCUGGCUCGCCUUGAAAUGAUGGCUGUCUUUGGAUUGUUGAACGGAUUUGCAUUCUUUCGCCUCGGUCACAGUUUGGUUGAUCUCCAAUUGCGUGUCUUUGUGGUUUUUCAAAUUUUGGUGUUAUCGCCAAUAUUGGUUAACGCAGUCCAAUACAGAUUCCAUGCGGAGCGACAGUGGUAUAUCCGUGACAAGGCGAGUAAAUACUAUGGUUGGUUUCCAUUUUCAGCUUCAAUUAUUUUGAUCGAGUUACCUUGGGUUCUCCUUACUUCGACGGUCUUUUUUUGCACGCUUUACUGGACCACCGGUUUUACGACGGAUCCAAUUUCAACAUUGUAUACGUACUUGACAACGGUAAUCUAUACAGUUUUUUCGGUCACUCUUGCACAAUGGAUUGUAGCUUGGACUCCCGACAUUCAUACCGCCUUUUUUUUGGACCCAUUCGUUUUGAGUGCUCUGAGCCUUUUUUGCGGUGUUAGCAUGCCAUACGAAAGUAUGCCAAAGUUUUGGCGAUCAUGGAUAUACUGGCUAGACCCGAACCGGUACACUGUCGAGGGUCUCGUGACGAGCCAACUAUAUAAUCUCAAGGUAGAAUGUGCGGAUUCAGAAUACAAUGUCUUUCAGCCUCCUUCCGGUCAGGCCUGUGGAGAAUAUGCUGCAUCAUUCUUGCAGCAAGCACCCGGAUACCUCAACAACCCAAACGAUACAUCCAAUUGCCGUUACUGCCAGUACUCAAAAGGGCAGGAUUUUUAUAAGGGCUUGAAUAUGGACAUAUCAUACCGGUGGCGAGAUCUUGGGAUUUCAUGCCUCUUCCUUGCCACCAAUGUCCUCCUGAUUAUGCUGGGAGUCCGGUUCUCCAGGACUAAUAAACGUUAGGGUGUGUCUAUAUCAUGACAGAAACACAAAUG